AUGCGAUGCGCGAGCAAGGCCGCCGAGAGCGCGUCCGCACGUAUCUGUGCGGACGCCGAGGCAGAAACCACAGCAACUGAUGUCUCAUCGGUUGCUGAAGCGACCCAGCCUGUGUCAUCUGGUGAUGCAGGCGCUCGUCAUGAAGACACUCAUGUCUUCACAGAGUACGAGCUCGGUGUCUCGUACUCUCCUGAUACGGAAGACGGAUCCGUAUCGACGGCGAUUGAAUCUAAGCCGCCUGCCAAGCGUGGCAUGGACGAUGCUUUGCGUCGCAGCAUCUUUGGUUCAUCUGAUGAAUCAGAUGAACCAUCGCCGAAGCGAAGGCGCUCGAGGUCGCGAGACUCGGGCGCUAACAGUGGUGUCGGUUCUCCUAUGGACACCACUUCACAGCGAGAUGCCAGUACUUCUGUCGGCACGUCGCAGGAAGAGCGGGACCGCAAUGUGUUGCGUCUCGCUCCCGAGAAGAAGGCAUGGAUGCCUCCAAAAUCCGUCAUGGAUCACUUGUCGGCGACGACGAGUGAUCGUUAUCGAACACGAUUGUUCGAUUCGUCAAGGAUCCAUCACCUUGACCCCAGCGCGAAAGACUAUCACACUGAACAUGAUAUUCUUCAUCGAUGCUUAGACUUCAAAUAA